GAGCGUAGAUAGACCUUUGACUUUGCUGUGUAGCGAAAUAUGCUAGCACAUUGACAACAUUAUGGUUGAUUUCGCUGCAACUUUGCUUUUGGUUGAGGAGCACGGAGGAGUGAUAUGGGAAAGGAUAUGACAUACAUUUCAUUUGAGGCAGGGAGUUGUUUCAUUUUUCAGCUGUAGAUGAUGAGAAUUAUCUAUACUAAAAUAACUCAAGCUGUGAUCAGUGGGCAUAUUAAUAUUGUCUGACAAAUCUAAUCAGUGCUUUUCAAACAUUUUUUUUUUGAAAAAAUUACUUAAAAGAGUUUUUUAUUUUGUACAUUUUUGUAUAGUUUAACAUUUUGCUCUUGAUCUCUCACUAUAUUUUAUUGAGAGAGCAUCUUUUAUGUGAGAGAUAGAGAGGAGUAAAUGAUGAUAAUUUGAUUAAACCAUGGAUUGUUUAUUGAGUCAGACUGCUACUUGAGAAUUAGAGGGGAGAAGGGCACAAGAUUUUGGGAUGGAGAUCAGGGUCAAGAUGGAGUCAACUUUCUACUACUAUAGGCUUAUUGAGUUGGUGGUGUGUUUACUUUGUUAAGUACUAGAAAUAAAUUUAGCAUGAUGUAGAAAUCUUAAAUUUCGCUCCUUAAAAAUCGUGCGGAGGUUUCAAAUUAUUUGGUGUUUAGGUUUGGUCUGUAGCCUAUCUAGUUGUCGUGAUCCCAAGUUAAAAUUGGUAGCAAAGACAAUUAGCCGUCCUAAGAUGGAUUUGGCACUAGUAGAAUACUCAAGCAAAUUACACUCUUAGCUGAAACGUUAAAAGUAAAAUCCAGUAUAGAAUUUUUACUGCAAUUCCAUUCGUGUGCAUGAAUCGCAUACCGACAAAUAUCCAAUGUGUCAAGAAAUAUGAAAGUAACACAAGAAAAAAAAAGGUUAAAGCUAUAGACAAAAUCUCCAGCUGAUUUUAAUAAUCCACAAACUAUUUUACUAACAAUACUGAAUCUGAUUGUCACUAAUUACAUAUUUCCUUUUCUCUUCUUUCACGCCUUUCAUCUGUUCACCACCUUUUGACAACAAUGGUUUCUUCCUUCCUUCCAUCUCACACUCUAUUUUUUGCACUCAUGUUCUUUUCUGCCACCCAUAUCCUACUUCAAUUGCCACAAAUCAAUGGAACAAACUUCUCACACCCUUUGAAUUCCCCUCCUUCCUGUCACACAUAUGCUGCAUACCAUGCUCACUCUCCAAAUUUCUUAACCCUCACAAGCAUAUCCGAUAUAUUUGACACCAGUCCUCUAUCCAUUGCAAGAGCAAGUAACAUAAAAGAUGAAAAUAAAGAACUAAUUCCAGGCCAACUUUUACUGGUACCUAUAACUUGUGCUUGCAGUGGAAAUGGAAACUACUCUUCUGCUAAUAUCUCACACUUCAUCAAACAAGGUGAAAGUUACUACUAUCUUUCAACCAUUUCAUUUCAGAAUCUCACUAAUUGGCAAACAGUAGAAGAUUCAAACCCCAACCUGAAUCCAUAUUUGUUGAAAUUAGGCACCAAAAUAGUCAUCCCUUUGUUAUGUAAAUGCCCUUCAAACUAUCAGUUUGAAAAAGGGAUAGAAUAUGUGAUUACUUAUGUGUGGCAGCCUAAUGACAAUGUUACCCUUGUAGCUUCCAAGUUUGGUGCAUUACCACAUGACAUAAUCACUGCAAAUGCAAACAACUUUGGUCAGAACUUCACUACUGCAACCAAUCUUCCAGUUUUUAUCCCAGUGACAAAUUUACCAGUUAUUUCUCAAUCAUACUACUAUUCAAGUGAAAGAAAGAGAAGCAAUCAUUUUCCUAUUAUCAUUGCCAUUGGUAUGAGUCUAGUAUGCACUCUUUUGAUUUCAUUAUCAUUAAUGGUUUGUGUUUAUUGUUGGAGGAAGAGAAAGGCUUGUGAGAAUAGGUGUGUGCCUUCUGUGGAGAUAGCAAAUAAGUUAAUUUCUGAAAUUUCAAACUAUGUAAGUAAGCCAAAAGUGUAUCAAGUUGAUAUAAUUAUGGAAGCUACCAUGAACCUCAACGAACAGUGUAAGAUAGGUGAAUCAGUAUACAAAGGUAAAAUAGAUGGUUUAGUUUUAGCUGUGAAAAAUGUUAAGGAGAAGGUCACAGUCACAGAAGAAUUGAUGAUUCUACAGAAAGUAAAUCAUACAAAUCUGGUGAAACUAAUAGGUGUCUCUUCAGGAUAUGAUGGAAACCAUUUCCUUGUAUAUGAAUAUGCUGAAAAUGGGUCUCUUUAUAAUUGGUUGUUCUCUGAGUUUUCCACUUCUUCAAGCUCAGGAGUUUUCCUCACUUGGAGUCAGAGGUUAAGCAUAGCGGUCGAUGUUGCGAUGGGUCUGCAAUACAUGCAUGAACACACACAACCAAGGAUAGUCCAUAGGGACAUCACAUCAAGUAACAUCCUUCUUAACUCAAACUUUAAGGCCAAGAUAGCGAAUUUUUCGGCUGCAAGAACUACAAAGGAUCCUAUGAUAACAAAAGUUGAUGUAUUUGCUUAUGGGGUGGUUCUGUUGGAAUUACUGACAGGAAAGAAGUCGUUGUCAUAUAGUGAAAAUGGUGAGGUGAAUAUGUCGUGGAAAGAUAUUAGGGAGAUUUUUGAUAUAGAAGAGAAGAGAGAUGAAAGGCUUAGAAGAUGGAUAGAUCCUUUGUUAGGGAGGUUUUUUAAUGUUGUUGAAGUUCUUAGCUUGGCCUCUAUAGCAGUGAAUUGCACUAAAGAACAACCUUUGUCAAGACCAACUAUGGGAGAAGUUGUUCUUAGCCUUUCUCUUCUCACUCAACACUCUACUACCACAUUAGAAAGAUCAUGGAAUUUUGGAUUAGAUCUAGAGGAUACUGGAAUGGUUACUCCCAUCACAGCUCGUUGAUUAAGUGAAUGUUUUUUUUCAACGGCUAAGGUUAGUAAUUAGUAUUGUUAAUAUUUUACGGAAGAUUAUGAUCAACCCCACAACUUCUUUAAAACUCCACUCUUUAGCUCCCACACUCAAGCCAUCAAGCGAACCUUAUAUCCCCUAUUAUUUAAGUGAAUGUUGAUUCAGUAUCUCAAAUUUAAAUUAGGUGUUUGUUUGUGCCUUACUUAGUAGAUUGCCAUGUAAAUACACAUAAGUCUUACACUAUUUUCUGUUAAUGUUUUUCCAUAUUUGUGCUGGAGCACAUACUGUUUACUAGUUUGCUUAUAUUAUGAUCAAUAAGAGAAGUGGUGUACAUAUAAA